AUGUUCUCGUUUAGUGAACCCUCACCUGCCCUCUCAUGCUUUGUCAUCGCCAUUCCUCGGCUCCUUUGGAGGGAGAAAAGACGUGAUUCGAAGUACCGAGACGGAUCACGCCGCCAACUCCUUGUUGUGACGUUGUGGCUGCUGGAGGAUGAUGAGCGAGUGGGUGACGUUGACUUCAAGAGCGCUACUAUGCACAAUGAAGACGAUGAUGGAGAUGCCAGAGUUAACGGCUCUCCCCGCGCCUCUCCUCCACCCAUCUACACGCCACCACCUGCCAAUCUCCUCUCACCCCUCCACUUAUGCAUUCUCCCUGUGGGUUUCGAGGCAUUUCCCCAAUGCCCUCGCAUAGUCACCCUCCUCUUUGCCCCUCAUCGGCUCCAACUACUGCUCCUUCUCUCGUCAUUCCCUCAGUCGCGCCACAAUUUCAUCCCGCAACUUAUGAGUAGUAUGCACACCACACACUGCCCCGAAGUGCCACCGCCAUCACCUCCGCAAUCCCAAUCGUCGACAUGGAAGGAGUGUGGCACUCGUCGUCACGGUGUGAGCCAUGCCACUAGAAUCGAAAUCAAUGUGACAGGAGGAUUAGGAGGAGAAGGAGGGGGAGGAUGGUCUACUGAAAUGACGCAGAAGUGA